UUGUUCAGUGACGGAUAUGUGAUGAAGGAGGACAUCGGCAUGGGCUCUUUCUCUGUCUGCAAACGCUGCAUACACAAAGUAACCAACACAGAGUACGCAGUGAAGGUAAUUGAUAAAACAAGCACGGAUCCAACUGAAGAGAUUGAGAUCCUGCUGAGAUACGGCCAGCAUCCCAACAUCAUCACUCUCAAAGAUGUGUAUGAUAAUGGGAAGCAGGUCUAUCUGGUCACUGAGUUGAUGCGAGGAGGUGAGCUGCUGGACAGGAUCCUCAAGCAGAAGUUUUUCUCUGAGAGAGAGGCUAGUGCUGUGCUGCACACUAUCACAAAGACUGUGGAAUACCUGCACUCUCAAGGGGUUGUGCACAGGGACCUGAAGCCCAGUAAUAUUCUGUACGUUGAUGAAUCUGGAAAUCCUGAAUCUCUGCGCAUUUGUGAUUUUGGCUUUGCCAAGCAGCUUCGUGCUGAUAAUGGCCUCCUCAUGACGCCUUGCUAUACCGCCAAUUUCGUAGCACCUGAGGUACUGAAGAGACAGGGCUAUGAUGAAGGCUGUGACAUUUGGAGUCUCGGCGUAUUACUAUACACUAUGAUUGCUGGGUUUACGCCAUUUGCUAAUGGACCAGAAGACACUCCAGAAGAGAUCCUGAGUCGGAUAGGGAGUGGACGCUUUACUCUGACGGGUGGCAACUGGGACGCAGUGUCUGAUGCUGCCAAAGAUUUGGUCUCAAAGAUGCUCCAUGUGGACCCUCACCAGCGGCUCACAGCCAGGCAGGUGCUGAAACAUCCAUGGAUCGUUCAGAGAGACAAACUUCCCAACAGCCAGCUACAACAUCAGGAUGCCAAGCUUGUCAAGGGUGCGAUGGCCGCGACAUACUCGGCACUGAAGAGUUCCCAACCACCUCCUGAGCUGAAGCCAAUCGAGUCCUCAUUCUUAGCUCAGAGACGGGUGAAAAAGCUCCCUUCCACCUCUCUGUAGAGAAGAGGAGAAGUAUUCCUGACUGAAUGCAGUUGUGGACCGGAUGGAUGGACAGACGGACGGACAGAUGGAUGGAUGAAAAAAACCACACUGAAGCUCUACAGACUAAAGACGGUCACUUGAACCUGCCCAUGACAUCAGCACAGGAGGGAAGCUGUCAAGCACACUAGGCAAGGGAGCUGAUUGGCUGAUGAAGUUUGAGGGGCGUGGUCAGUGAGGGUUCCAGACUCCCUUAGGAGUAAAUGUGUUUGUAUUUGUUUAGUUUUUUGUGCGUCCAAUUUCAAAGAAGCAGGUAAAGGAUUCUGGUAAAAAGUAGAUGAUAUUCCCAGUGCUUUUAUGUCUUGGUACUGUAAUUGCUAAAUAUUAACACUUUUUUUUUCAUCCUUAGUUUUUUGUUUGAUUUGCUUAUCUUUUUUUUAUCUCUGUAUUUUGUUCGAUCUGGAUUGUCAUGUUGUUUUGUGUACAAUAUGUCUUUUUUGAAAGCCUUUCAACUUUUUUUUUUUUUUUUUUUUUGUCAGUAGUUCACUCUUGUAGGCCCUCUCUCUGAAAGCUCGGGAGAAAUAAAGAUGUUCCAGUAUAAGAUUUCACCCAGAUGAAUGACUAAAGUAAAAAAUAUCUUCCAUGAGGAUCCGGUGAGAAUGUUCACACGACUAUCAUACUGGAAGUGCUCUCUGCAUGGAUUUGUACAAUGCUGUCUUGUUUUCCCCCAACUCAGCACUUUCGUUUAGUGAACGUAUCAGCACUGGUGAAGACUGUUCAGAAAAUGUCUCCUUUUGUGUUUAUUAAAGCAAACAAGAAAAAAAGUCUGAAUGUGAGAUGACAUCUAAAGCUUCUGGCAUGAAAAAAAUGUUGCUCUUGUUUAGACCAGUGCUUUUUCUGGAUAUUGACUGCUGUCUCCUGUGUGUUUUGAUUUUGUUGUUGUUGUUUUGCUUAAAGAGAAGUUAUUUUAUAAAGGCACACGGAGCACAAGAUGUAUAAAUAUGACCGCUGAGAAACAAAAAAAA